AUGGUGUUUCUACCCGAAGAACUCCUGGCCGAAAUACUACCAUUCUUUGACGUCAAAACAAUCUUGCGACUCAAAUGCCUAAGCAAGUCAUGGUUUUCUUUCAUAUCUGAUUCAAACUUCAUCGAUAAGCAUCUUAAAAAUUCAUCACAAAACCCACACCUCACUUUGUUUUGGUAUCCAGCUUUAUCAUGUUUUAAUGUCGUACCUUUCCCCGUGUAUCGUAUACUCAAAAAUCCAUCCAUCAAAAACCUUUAUGACUCACCAAAAAUUCCAUCCAUCGACCAUAUCAAGCUUGUUGGUUCCUGUAACGGAUUGCUCUGCUUGCUUUACUAUUCUAGAACUGCUAUUGAGUUCUCUUUGUGGAACCCUGCCACUAGAAAAAUAUCUAAAAAAUUAGGGUUGUUACCUCACGGGCGCAACCCUGAUUUAGGCCAUUUUGACUUCACGUUUGGUUAUGAUGCUACUGCUUCAACCAGAGAUUACAAGGUUGUAGCGUUUCGUGCUAAAGAUAAUGAAGAAGAAGAAGGUUCAUGGAAAAGCGAGGUUAAAGUUUUCAGUGUAGGUGGUGGUGGUGAUAAUUGUUGGAGAAAUAUUCAGAGCUUUCCUGUGGUUCCUUUUAAUUGGUUUGAUACUUAUUAUCAUAGACAACGUAUUACUGAUGGUGUGCAUUUUAGUGGCACCGUUAAUUGGUUGGCUGUCGACAACUCUAUUGUUUCGCUAUACCUUUCAACAGAGACAUACAAGCAGUUUCUGAUGCCUCCAGGUUUUGAUGAUGAGGUGCCACUUUUUAAGCCGGUUCUUAGGGUUCUGAUGGACUGUCUAUGUUUUUAUCAUGAUUCCAACAAAACUGAAUUUGUUUUAUGGCAAAUGAAGCAGUACGGGGUUCGAGAGUCUUGGACUCAAUUAUUUAAGAUUAGUUACCAGAAUCUUCAAAUGCAUGCUAGUUUUCAAUUGGCGUGCCUUUAUGUAAAUGGUGAUAUGGCUAUCUUUGCAGAUGAAUCACGGAAAGAUCGCUACCAGGCAUUUAUCUAUAAUUUAAAUGAUAAAACAGUUGAGAGAAUUAAAUGUAGAAACAACAUACGGUGGUUCGAAGAAGCAAAGGAUUAUGUAGAAAGUUUGGUUUCAGUUUGUUGGGAGUAA